CUUCUGUUUUCUUCUCCAGUUCUAAAGCAGAUGACUUAUCGACUGCUAUUCUGAAGCAGAAGAACAGGCCCAAUCGGUUAAUUGUUGAUGAAGCCAUCAAUGAAGACAACAGUGUUGUGUCACUGUCCCAGGCAAAAAUGGAUGAGUUGCAACUGUUCAGAGGAGACACUGUUCUCCUAAAAGGAAAGAAAAGGAGAGAAGCAGUCUGCAUUGUUCUGUCAGAUGAUACCUGCUCAGAUGAGAAGAUUCGCAUGAAUAGGGUUGUUCGCAACAACCUGAGAGUGCGCCUGGGUGAUGUGAUCAGCAUCCAGCCCUGCCCAGAUGUGAAAUAUGGCAAACGUAUCCACGUGCUGCCAAUUGAUGACACAGUAGAAGGAAUCACAGGAAAUCUCUUUGAGGUCUAUCUCAAACCAUACUUCCUGGAAGCAUACAGACCCAUCAGGAAAGGUGACAUUUUCUUGGUGCGUGGUGGGAUGCGUGCAGUGGAGUUCAAAGUGGUGGAGACAGAUCCAAGCCCUUACUGCAUAGUGGCUCCGGACACAGUGAUCCAUUGCGAAGGAGAGCCCAUCAAACGAGAGGAUGAAGAAGAGUCAUUGAAUGAGGUGGGCUAUGAUGACAUUGGUGGCUGCCGGAAGCAGCUGGCUCAGAUCAAAGAGAUGGUGGAACUUCCCCUCCGACAUCCUGCUCUCUUCAAAGCCAUAGGGGUGAAGCCUCCACGGGGAAUCCUGCUAUAUGGUCCACCUGGCACUGGCAAAACACUGAUUGCCCGAGCAGUGGCCAAUGAAACUGGGGCUUUCUUCUUCCUGAUUAAUGGUCCUGAGAUCAUGAGCAAGCUGGCUGGUGAGUCUGAGAGCAACCUGAGGAAAGCCUUUGAAGAAGCUGAAAAGAAUGCACCUGCCAUCAUUUUCAUUGAUGAACUGGAUGCCAUUGCUCCGAAAAGAGAGAAGACACAUGGAGAGGUGGAGCGUCGCAUAGUGUCUCAGCUAUUGACUCUUAUGGACGGACUGAAACAGAGAGCACAUGUGAUCGUUAUGGCAGCUACCAACAGACCAAACAGCAUUGACCCAGCACUCAGGCGAUUUGGUCGUUUUGACAGAGAGGUAGAUAUUGGUAUCCCAGAUGCAACUGGUCGCCUGGAGAUCCUGCAGAUCCACACAAAAAAUAUGAAACUGGCUGAUGAUGUGGAUCUGGAACAGGUGGCAAAUGAGACCCAUGGACAUGUUGGUGCUGACUUGGCUGCUCUUUGCUCAGAAGCUGCUCUUCAGGCUAUCAGAAAGAAGAUGGAUCUCAUAGACCUGGAAGAUGAAACCAUUGAUGCUGAAGUUAUGAAUUCGCUGGCUGUGACCAUGGAUGACUUCAGGUGGGCUCUGAGCCAGAGCAACCCUUCUGCUCUUCGGGAGACUGUGGUGGAGGUGCCACAAGUUACCUGGGAAGAUAUUGGCGGUCUAGAAGAUGUAAAGAGAGAACUCCAGGAGCUUGUACAGGUGAGGACUUCCAACAGAUUUUUGCCCAGUCAAUGUAAAAAGAAUCUCAGUAUUCUGUUUUGGGCUGUGAAAUGCAGAGAUUUUUAGAGUAAUUGCUUGUAG